AUGCAGACCGGAAGGGACUACAAGCACCCAUGGUGCGUCAUGUACGACCUCAUCGAGAGCGAAGCCGCAUCCGGAGAGCUUCUUCUUCCGGUGAGUCCGGAGCAGCCGCGCCCGAGAGUGAACUUUCCGCCGGAAAUGGAGUCGAGGCGGGCUUCGAGGACUUUUAACUUCGGGGCCAGGUGUCGCUCUCUUUCGGCCUGGUCGGACAUCAGCAGGUCCAGUUGUCGUCUGGACGAGAGGUAA